AUGGCCUUCUCUUGGUGCCAAUCCUUGUCUCACCAGAGCUACUGGAGCGAGUUUGACCUCAAAGGAGUUAAGAUCAAGGUCAAGUCUCCAAAGAGCCAGGCUUUCCAAGACGCCUCGGAUAAAAUUCCCCCAUAUUUCUGGGUCAAGGGCUUCCGUAACCGGGUUAGGAGGCUCUUAGGGCGGAAGCUCAGAAAACACUCUUUUCCUAUCCAUCCGGGUUAUUCAGAAGCAAGAAACUUGGUCGGCCAUGGCACCGUUGCGGAGUUGGGAAUGUUGUCGAACCAAGCCAGAGACUUUGUCGUCGAGGUGUUUGGGGACGUUGGAGAUGUGGCAGAUACCUCGUCCGUGAGCGAGAACCAGUCUUUGUCUUCUCUAGAAUCAGGGCCUAGAGUAGUCCAGCUUAAAUUAUCCACUGAUCUGCAGAGCUGGAAAGAUACCCAGCACGCAGCGGGCAACAUCCUGCCACCCAAGGGCACCGGACUCAAACAAGCCUCGGCCCAAACGCUCAGCAAAAUCGGAGCAACUGACUGGCCCGAUGCUUUGAAAACGAACAAUGCACUCUUCGGGUGCGGCAUCGCCAGCUUGCUCAUGGGCGCUGCCGAUGCGACAACCAUGUUUUCCAAUUAUGUGACCGACAUGGUUUUCUAUUAUGAGCACGGGUACAAUUACGUCUACCCGACGCUUGAGCCGCUGCUGCAGAAAGGCCUAGAGGAUCCGCAUGCCCUGCGCACCCCGGGAGGACGCGAACGACGAGACGCCGUCUCCCUGGGUAAGCAGUAUAUCCAGGGUAAGAUCGCGCUAGAGAACCAGCACAAGAAGAACUUGUCAUAUCGGUCAGCGCGAUUGGACCGACGCACAGCACAGAUCGUCUCCUUGUCAGAAAGCAGCUUGCUGGGCAUGGCAGCUGAGGCGAUCGCACGUGGCUUUGACCCUGCUGCCGUCAUGGCGGACCUGGUCUUCAGUUCGCCGGGCACUGACGUGGUCGACGUGGGAUGCGAUUUGGUGAACUCCGAGGUCAUGAACUCGUUCCUCAAUGUGACGGACAUUACAGAAACGGGCAUCGUUAGCGAAGAAGUGCUGCACAAGAUAUACGACGCGUACGCCGCGAUUGGCGCCAGGAUGCUAACCCAGCGAUGGCAUGAGCCUGUCGCCAGGAUGUGCGCCGCCCUGUACACAUGGCAUAUCCAGAACGAUCGCCACAUGUUCUUCCGUCGCGCUCUCCUGGGCUGGUCCAAGGCCCGCAAGACACCCGCCAAGCCUCAGUUCGAGGCGGAUUUCGACGAGGCGUUUGACAAGCAGUACCGCACAACGGGCUUCAGCAGACCCCUGGAUGCCAAACACGCGUGCAACGGCGAGGACACUUGCGAUCACGUCAACGACUUCUUCCACCGUCACCAAGAUAAGCCGCUGCUCAAGGAGCUCUGGUGGCAGCUGGUCACCGGCCCGCUGGAGUAUAUCCGGGGCGGCCAGGUCGAUGAGGAGCGCGAGUAUGACUUGGCCGAAGGUUCGCGACUGGCCAUGGCCGACCUCUUUUCACGCGGCCAAGUGCUGGAGAUGGUCUGGAUCAUUGCACAUGCAAACUUUCACGCCUGGCAGGUUAAUUACUUGUUUGAGGCGGCCAUGUUUGGCAGCAUUCUGGACGGGGGUAAAUUGGCAGGCAAGCUGGACAGACAGGAGGAGAGUCAAGAUUGA